AUGAGUUCGUACCUGCCCUUACGUCAUACAGGGACUCACGGGGUGCCUCCGGCGCCCCGAGGCGCUGUUGGAGGCGAAGACGGCGUCAUGCAUGGCAUGGGUGGCGUCAUGGACGGCGGUGGAUACAUGGAACACUUUCUGAAUAUACCAGAGAUAUGUCCCACGGGCAGUUACAGAAAUCCUAGGUACUAUAUGGGCACUUAUAAUGCGGAAGCUUGUCGAAUGGAAGCCCUUCAACAACAGCAUCGCAAUCACCACGACUUAAGAAUGGGAUUACAGGGCGCCAGACCCUCUUUCUACCCAAAUAUGAACAUGGGGAUGCGGUUUGCAGACAGCAUGGACACCCAAGUGGGUGCGAACUGUAUCCCCCCUCAAAAUAGGGCGGAGACGCUGUCUCCCUGCACCAAAGCAGUUGGAGUGGCGUCUGAUGUGGAGCCGCCAUCUUUUUACCCUUGGAUGUCUAUAAAUUGUCGAAAAAGACUUGAAAGUAAAGGGGCUCUUCGAGUGGGUUCCGCGGUCACAUUUGGACGGAGGAAGGGAGGAAAAGGGCCAGGAGGGGCGGAAAGGGGGGGGGGGGCCUGGGAGAACAUACCCAUGUCUCCCAAUAAACAACACUAG